AUGCGUGUCCAAAAAAAUUUGGCUUUUAUGACGGAGCAGGACAUGGAAUUCAGGCAGGUGCGAGAGAUCGCGGCAAAGUUGCGUGAUCGGCCUUUGUUUCCAGCAGACCCUGCAGAUGCGGAAGCUCUGCGCAGUUGGGUUGAUGUGGGGUCCGGCGUCAGAUUGCCGUUGGCCCACUGUGCCUUUCGACGCUGUCGCUGGAUCGGUGCAGACUUACAGGAGCUACAGCGUCAUUUGUGUCAGAGUCAUGGAGACUGUUUGCCGGGAGGUCGUCACUGUUGUGCAACGGAAGGCGCCGUAUGCAAAGAUAAUAUGGCAUGGUAUUGUGCUGGGAUGCGACAAAAAGAGCAACAGAACAUGAGCCUCGUUGGUCCAAGCGUUGACCGGAGGACUAUUGCGUUGAUGAAACAAGCAUAUGCGAGCGACACCGUGGAAAUGUUGAUCUGUUUUUGUUGUGCUGCCAAGAAGAUUAAAGUGAGGCUGUCAGAAAAGAGCGAGAUCAGCUACCGCCUGGGCGGUGAACUGUUUCGUUUGGGCGAUCAGAUUCUCCACCUGACUUUUGCCUUAGAGGAUUUCAAACGGGCCUACGGUGAAGGACCUGCUUUCCAGGAUGCGAAAGAUUUAGAAGACAAUGUGUGGGUGCGACAGUUGUUGUUCGCGGACGGGAAGAAGCUUCAGGUCCUGUGCUGCCCUGAAGAUGUCGUGAAUUGCGGCCAACACAGUCUGGAUGAGAUCUGCUUCGGGUGUCAAGUGCCCAUCUGUGUGGAGUGCUGGCAGCACUUAGCUGAUCCGGCACAUGUUGGGUUUCCCAUGGCUCUGUCUAACGACAACUUCUGGGGCUACAUGAGCGCAGUGGUGGUGAAGCAUGAAGUCCGUUUUAUGGGGGACGUUGGUAGCAAUACCGAUCUGGACAACGACGUCGAUCUUUUAUGUGGAAGGAGAUCGUGGGCAUUUAUUGCAAGAGAAAUUGGGGCAGAAACGCUGGAGAACAGCCAUGCGCGGCUACGCCCGGCUGAGGCGCUGCGUCAGCGAAUGCAAAGUGCCUUGUAUCGCCACUACCCAGAAACGGAAGCGCGUUUGCCAUUGGAAGAACGACGUGGUUCCGUGCCUGCAGGUCUCUUGGAGGUGGUGGAGAACGAAACAUUCGUUUGGAAGGAAAAAGCUAGCGCGCCAGGCAGGAAACCUUCGAAUGAAUUGGCUUCAGCUUUGUGUAAUCCGGAGAGACACUGCCAAGUUUUGGACGUCAAUCCCUAUGCAGACACGCCCUUUCCGGAUGUGCAGACCGCGAUCCUAGCCAAGUUUGCACGCAAAGAGUCAAAUGUGCACUUUGCGAACAUGACGGUGCAGUUGGAUAGAAACUUUAUACCACAAUGGCAUUCCAAGUAUUUCAGUCAGGUCAUGCCCUUUGAGAUUCCGCGUAUGGUAUCCGGACCAGAUUACCCUCGCGCAGAGCGAUGGAGACGAAGUCCAAGCAGUCCUGAAGUAACUCCAACUGAAUUUAUGCGAACGUUUGCGCGACGUGUGGAGCUGCAGAUUGCCAACAGCUGGACGGCCAUACCCAUUGUGCGGAGCGUCUGGUACAAGCAUAUGAUCGAGGCGAAGGCCGCUGCCGUAGGGAGUUUUCGCAGAGCAGGCUCCGGAGCCAGUGGGAUGGAGGCGAUGGAUCAUAUCCAGACCAUGCCUUGGACCCUGUGGGAAGCGACGUGUGCAUCAAUUUUUACGCCAAGAGGUGCCUGGCCAAUGAAUUCGCCCCACUUUCCUUUCGGAGCCAUGUUUACCGCAAGAAAGCAGAGCAAUGAAACAACGGGUAGCGGAGUGCCGCAGCAAUUCAUGACAAUUCAUGGAAUGCUGUUGUGUUUUUGCCGGGAAAUGCCGCAGGGUAGUGGCUGCCUGGUGACAACUCGACUAUUUGACAGCCUGGCUGCCAAUCCCAGCCGUUGCUCAGUCUUCCACGAAUGUCCUAAUGUGGUGCUUCGAGUGCAGCUGCACUUGGAGGCUCCUGCAGAAGUCGCGGAGCCCUACAAGUGUGGUGGACAAUUCCUGCAGGCGGAGGCAGAUGAUGAAUCCAAGCCCUCCUUCGCCAUUUCCAGCCGCACCAGGAGGCAACGUGGGACGUGGAACGUGACGUGCAGGAUCUGUAAUGCCAAGCUCGAAUGGAGGCAGCAGCACUGGAGAUGUGUUGAAGGUGAGCCCUGUGAUGGGCAAAAAGGCUUCGACACUUCCUGCCAGGUGCCAGAGAGGAAAGUUGGAGAGGCUCUAUGCGUUUUCGCAGAGGUGGCGUCGCUCCGAGUGGGGACGAGGAGUUGGAGGCGGCUGGCAGGUCCCGAUCCAACGCAGACAACUCGCACACCGGAUCCUUGGAAGGGCGACGUGAGCAUGGUGAGCCUUUGGAUGCUCACGGUGCCGCAGGUGCUCGCCGCGUGA